UUACGGGUUGAGGCGGCCGUUCGCGCUUCCUGGCCGCGGUUGGCAGCGCUGUUUCUCCCUACACUCCGCACUGAAGCGGGUUCAUUUUGGCCGGGAAUAAACCCCAGCGGAGACACUGCCGGGCGUAGAGAGGUGGAGUUUGUAGUCUUCGUCAUCUGUGGAGGAGGAGGAGGAGGAGGGAGACGAAGAAAGGGGGAGCGAGGAGGCAAACCCGGGGAAAGGCAGUGCACGGGAGAAAACGAAGGGAGGUCGCCGCUGGAUGAAUUUGCCUUGUAAAGUUUCCACUCAGCAAAGUGCCAAAGUGUUGGCGGGAACAAGAUGAUAACGCCGUACUUUAUAGAGAAUUUCUGGGGAGAAAAGAAUAAUGGCUUUGACGUGCUGUACCACAACAUGAAGCAUGGGCAGAUUUCCUCCAAAGAGCUGACGGACUUCAUCAGGGAAAGGAGUGUUAUCGAAGAGGCCUAUGCCCGCUCCAUGACCAAACUUGCCAAGACAGCAGGGAACUUUUCGCAGCUCGGGACGUUCGCUCCGGUGUGGGAACUGUUCAAAGGCUCCACUGAAAAGCUGGCCGGCUGCCACAUGGAGCUGGUGAGGAAGCUGCAGGAGCUUAUAAAAGAUGUGCACAAGUAUGUGGAAGAGCAGGCCAAAGCCCACAAAAAGACGAAAGAAGAGGUGGCGUCCACCUUGGAGGCCGUGCAGAACAUCCAGAGUACCUCGCAAGCCCUGCAGAAGUCCAAGGAAAACUACAACACCAAAACUGUGGAGCAGGAGCGCCUCCGCAAGGAAGGGGCCACCCAGAGGGAUGUGGACAAGGCGGGAAUAAAAGCCAAAAAAGCAACUGAAACCUACAAGUCCUACGUGGAGAAAUACGCCUUGGCCAAGUCCGAGUUUGAACAAAAGAUGGAGGAAACGGCACAGAAAUUCCAGGACAUUGAAGAAAGCCACAUUCUCCACAUGAAGGAGAUCAUCCAGUUGUAUUCGCAAUCCGUCGAUGAAACACACAUUCAAAUAGGGGAGGUUCACACUGAAUUUUUGAGGAACAUUGAGAACACCUCUGUAGAGGCCUUAAUACAAAAACUGGCUGAAAGCAAAGGAACAGGCAAGGAGAGACCAGGGCCCAUUGAGUUUGAGGAGUGCAACGCCGCCGUUGCUACUGAAGGUGCCAAACCCAGAAGGAGAAAGCCAUUUGGCAUCCCGGGACGGAGGAAAGACAAAGACACAGACUCCACGGAGUCCACAGAAGUGGAAAGCAACACUGCCAAUGGCGCUCCCCCCGGAUACUACGGGGCCAUAGACAUUCAGAAUGCUAACGUUCCGCAGGUGGACGAUGAAGGUUUCUGCAUCAGGCCAGAAGCAAUUGACAAUGAUGCCAAAGAGAACUCCUUCUACUCGUCCAGCGACUCGGAGGACGAGGACGAGCCCCGGAAGUUCCACGUGGAGAUCAAACCCGUCCAGCCCAACAACGGCACGCAUCAGAACCGAGCCACCCUCGAUGAGCUCAAGGCCUCCAUCGGCAACAUUGUGCUGUCGCCUUCCACCUCGGUCCAAAUGCGGAGGAACCAAUCCAGGUUCACAGGAGUGUCUGCAUUAGGCUCCAAGGCUCAGGGUGCUGGUGACGAGCUAGCCAAACCCAGAGUGCCACCUUCGUACGAACUAACCAACAACGACCUCCUGUCCCUGGAUCCGCUCGCCCCCUUUCCAUCCGCCCACCCCGCGUCCACACCCGCAGAACCUUCAGCGGAGACGGCGCCACCGCCGGAGCGCUUGCCCCCCUUGGCUGAGCGCCAGCAAUCCAAAGACGUCUCCUCUUUCUCCUCGUCCACGUCCUCUCCCUGGGACUCCCCCGAAAACCCUAUCCAAGCCCCUCGCCCGGCCCCGGUCCGGGCCCACAGCGCCCCCCUCACGCUGCCGCCUGAGCCGGCGGACCCCCUGGAGAGCGGCGAGGAUGCCCUGGCCUCGCUGUCCUGGUCCCAGAGCCAGUGGAUUGCCUUUGGUGACAAUAUGGCUCCCUCACGCCGCCAGGGCCCCGGUCCUCCUUUGAGGCCCCAGCCUGGCAGGUCGAGCCGCUUCCUGUCAGAUGACUCAGCCGACGCGUACGGCAAAAUGGCGGAGGGUUUUUCUGACAGUUUCUCUGAGACGGGCGACGGGGCGACGUCGGCCGCUCCGUCGAACAAAAUAUUCCCUGUACCCAAUCGACCUACGACCCCUCUGGCGGCCGGAGCCCUGGUGCCGCCUCCUCGACCCUCCUCCAGGCCGAAACUCCCCACCGGAAAACUCACCGGAAUCAACGAGAUUGUCCGACCCUUCAGCCCGCCCAAGGGGUCCGGUGCCAGCCCGCCUCCCGCCGCGCCCCUCGCCCGCGCCGAGAGCUCGUCAUCCUUGUCCUCCAACGCCUCGCUGAGCGCGGCAAACACACCCACAGUCGAGGACGACAUGUUUGUCGCCAAGCUGACCACCUUUGAGAGGCGAUGUGAAACACCAGCAGGCACAUCCCGCGGUCCCAGCCCUGUGACCCUGGCAUCCCAAGAUGCUUUGCCCAUUGCUGUGGCCUUCACCGAGUCGGUUAAUGCUUACUUCAAAGGCGCUGAUCCCACAAAGUGCAUCGUGAAGAUCACGGGGGACAUGACGCUGUCGUUCCCCAUGGGCAUCAUCAAGGUGUUCACCAGCAACCCCUCCCCCGCCGUGCUCACCUUCAAGUUGAAGAACACCAGCAGGCUGGAGCAGAUCCUUCCCAACCAGCAGCUCCUCUUCAGCGAUCCCUCCCAAAGUGACUCAGGCUCCAAGGACUUCUGGUUCAAUAUGCAAGCGCUGACGUCCUACCUCAGGAAAGCCUCGGACCAGAACCCCGCUGCCUCCUACUACAACGUGGACAUCCUCAAGUACCAGGUGCAGUCUGACGGCAUCCACUCCACGCCGCUCAACCUGGCCGUGUACUGGAAGUGUUCCCCAAGCACCACGGACCUGCGGGUGGACUACCGCUACAACCCGGACUCCAUGGCGUCGCCGGGGCCGCUCGGCAACCUGCAGGUCUUGGUGCCCGUCGACGGCGGUGUCACCAGCAUGCAGUCCCUGCCCAACGCCCUCUGGAACGGCGAGCAGAAUAAAUGUCUUUGGAAGCUGAGCGACAUUUCCGACAAGUCUGAAAAUGAAGGCGCCGGCUCACUGAGGGCAAAGUUUGAGGUGUCCAGCGGGCCGUCCAACCCGUCCACGCUGGCCGUGCAGUUCAUGAACGAUGCCAGCACGCUGUCGGGGGUGGACAUGGAGCUGCAGGGGAGUGGCUACAGGCUCUCUCUCAGCAAGAAGAGAUUCGCCACAGGUAGGCUCCACACGCUACAUAGUUUUUAUCUUGGACAAGUUUUACCCGAUUGUGCCCAAAAUGGGUGGAUAUACAGUACUAUAUGCAGUAUUGGGCGUGGACAAGUAAUCCCUCUCUAUAUCGUGGUUUCAGCAUUGCUCCCUCACUGUAUCACAGUUAAAUUAUCGCUGUUUCGUGGCUGACUGUGGCCUAUUAUGAGUCCAAAAAUAUUGAAAGACAAGCUGCGUAUAUGUAGUAUCGUGGUCACAUGACGUGAGAUGAGAUUACCUUUCACACUGCAUGGACACUGGCUACUGAGCCAGUAUAAGAAUAACAUCAGUGUAAAAGUGACUAUAGGGCUCGAAUAAUGGUAAAACCCGUAUUUAGAAAGUCAUGAACUGGUUUUCGUUGCUACGCAAACAUUCCAUUUAUUAACAUUGAGUCAUAUCAUUUAUUGCAGUCGCUAUAAAUGUGACUGUCUUAGGUAUGUAGCCCCUUAAUGGGGUCAAACUCCACGACAGAUAUAUCAACUAACAUAUCAUAUUCAAGAUGAUGAUGAGCACUUUCUAUAUACGGGAUUAUUUUGUCAGUAUAUCCAAAUGUGAGAAUGCAAGGGCCAAAAAACACUUUUUAAUCAAUAUUCUUGAAAAUGUAAAAAAAAACAAAAAAAACCCUGCACCCUUAAAUUACAGUACAUCCCUGCAUUGGCUCCUUCGCAUAUUUGCAUAUUUCUUGAUUUGAAAUGACUAUUUUUGGUAACGUAAAUGAAAUAGUGCUGCAGCUGUGAAUCCAGCAGAGGGCGCUGUCUCACAAGUCGGUUCACUCAACAUUUCCCAGCCGGAAGAUGCUUUGACAAGACGUGAUGUUGCGUAAGUGCAUGUUUUGUAAGUACAAUACUGUAUACGAUAUGUCAUUCUUCCUUAAAGUGAUCAUGACACCAAAAAAAGAACAAAAUGAAAGUACUGACUUAAAACAUUUUAGUUACCGUAUACUGCUGUCAUAGAUCAAUAAACAAUUAUGAAAUAGGAGGUAUUGUGACACGCUCUGAGACCUGACAUAACACCCCUAUAGUCACCCUUACACUCCUAUUACCUAAUAUAGUAAACAUAAUAAGAGAGAAUACGACAUUUAAGACAUAAUGUAGACUCACACACGUCAGCAUUGGGAGUGUCUCUUGUUUUUGCUCAUUUUUUAUUAUUUUAUUUUAAUUUCCUUUUUCGAGACACUGUUGUCUCAUCACUGUAACAUUACUGACACCGCGUGACCAGUGUGGAUCUUUGAAUGCGUCUUCUGAGUGCCUUAUAUUUGUAUUUUUCUUUAUUUAGCCAUGAAAAAGCUAAAUUUAGGCCCCCCCAAAAAAGUAAAAUUUGCUUUAAUAUGCAUAUAUUUUUGACAAAUAGGCCAUACUGAACCACGAAAGAGCAAGUUGUAUUAAUUUCAUGUAUUUUUGAAAACCGUGAUAGAGUGAAGUUGCAAAAUUUUCAAGCACACACUGAAACACACUGAAAAGUUAGGUCAAAGUUCACCUGUAAUGGGGUCAAAAAGCCAUUUACAAGAAAACACACCAAGUAACAUGUUGUGCUUCCCAGUUAUAUGAUCAUGUCGCCAAUAUGUCCAAAUAUGAUGACGCAAAUUGGCUUGAAAAUGAAACGGCAAGAAACAGCAAGAAUUCAGCUAUUGAAUUUUCCGGGAAGCUGGUGACCACGUGGUGUGUCAGUAACCAAUCACCUGAUCAUAGUUUGAUGGCAAAAAACAUGCGAAGGUCAAAGUUGACUCCCAAACAAGCCACACCUGUAACCUCUGUCAUCUUGUCUUCCCCCCUCCCUCACCCCAACCCCGCCCUCCAUCCC